UUUGUAGUCCUCCACCAGAUUAAAAGCAGAAGCAGCCACAGUGCCUGUCUCUCCUCCUGGCUGCCACCUCAACCUUCCCCUCGUCUCUAACAAACCACAGAAGCUCCAGAGUCGGUAUGUCUGCCAGGAAGAGAGUCGUCCACGGGGCCGAGGGACUGCUGGACGGACUGCCGGCAUGCAAGCAGGGCAGGCCGGUUGGAAAGAGGCACGUAGCCGCACUGGUCCUGGCGAGAGGUGGGAGCAAAGGGAUCCCUCUGAAAAACAUCAAGAUGUUGGCCGGAGUUCCUCUCAUUGGGUGGGUGGUGAGGGCUGCUCUGGACUCCGAAAUGUUUGACAGCGUGUGGGUCUCGACAGACCACGCCGACAUUGAGAAGGUGGCGAAAACCUGGGGUGCCAAGGUGCACCGCAGGAGUGCUCAGGUCUCCAGAGACACUUCCACGUCACUGGAAACCAUCCAAGAGUUUCUCAGGCUCAACCCAGAGGUGGAUGUGUUGUGUAACAUCCAGGCGACCUCCCCGUGUCUCCAUCCGUUCCACUUGAAAGGGGCCCUGAAGAUGAUCCUGGAGGAUGGCUUUGAUUCGGUGUUUGCGGUGGUCCGGAGACACCAGUUCCGCUGGCAGGAGUUCAAGAAAGGAUCUGGUGAGAUUACCAAGCCGCUUAACCUGGACCCUCUCAACCGACCGCGGCGCCAGGACUGGGACGGCGAGCUGUGCGAGAACGGCUCCUUUUACUUCACCACCACAGACCUCAUCAUGAAGGAGGGACUUCUGCAGGGUGGUAAGGUGGCCUACUAUGAGAUGCUGCCAGAGUACAGCGUGGACAUAGAUGUGGACAUCGACUGGCCUGUGGCAGAACAGAGGGUUCUCAGGUAUGGCUACUUCGGUCGGGCCACGCCGGAGGUGGUUCGUCUGAUGUUCUGUAAUGUUUCCGGGUGCUUGACGGAAGGAAGAAUCUUUCUGACCGCAUCCGGAGAGGAGAUGGUGUCUCUUAAUACCAGAGACACCAUGGGCAUCCGCAUGCUGCAGAAAGAAGAAGUGGAGGUCGUGCUGUUGACCUCCAGCCAGGACCCCGUGGUCCAGUCGUUGGCCGACAAACUGGCCGAGAGGACGGGCUGCCAGGUGGUCCAGGUGGGAGAGGAGCCGCUGGAUGAUCUGAAGACGAUGGUGGAGAAGAGGAAUCUGCAGUGGAAGGACGUGGCGUACAUGGGUACCGAUAAGCCCGACGUCAACUGUCUUAACCUGGCGGGUCUGAGCGCAGUACCCGGAGAUGCUCCGGUGGUUGCCAUUAAUGCUGCCAAGUACACCUGCCGCAGUCUCGGGGGAAAGGGAGCCAUGAGGGAGUUUGCCGAACAUAUCCUCCUGCAAAAACAAAAAGCAAAGUCGCAGAUGAAGCAGGACCGCAUCGACAGCUGCAGCCACUAAUUUUAAGUACUUCUGAUCUUUAUGAAGAAGUUUAAUAGUGGGGGCAGUUUAUGUACAGAGGACAGAUGUUAUCAAACAGUGCACAUUUAUUAUUUGAGAUACUUAAGUAAUUGUAGAGUUAGCAGAAAUAAAAUGAUCUGCAUUUUACACAAUCAGGUUUUACUGUUAUUAACUUUUUUGGUGACUUCAAAAUAUGAGAUUCUUUUAAAUUCUCUUAUUAAUUUUAUGAAACGAAGAGAUUUAAGUAAUGCUGUGAAAAUACUACAAUGGACUUUAAAGUUAAGUUAUUGUACAUUAACAGUCGGGGCAUGAAGUAGCACUCUCCUUGUAGGCUGAGGUUGAGCAUAAAGAUAUAAAAUGUCUACCAAAACCCAAACCGCUACACUGGAAAUGACAACUCUUGUCUUUUAAAACACUAAAACAACCAAACCAGAAGGUGGAAAGAAAACAUGAAUUAAAAGGUUUGUUUUCAUUUGGAAAUAACACCAAAUGGUGCCCCAAAUCUGAAAACAGGUGUAAUUAUUAGAUAUAAUUUUUUAAAAAUAUUUAUAUAGAAAGUGAAGCAUUUCAAACAAAAAUAUAACAAGUUGAGCGUCCAAAAUAUGUAAGAUAUAUCACCUUUUGAAAGGUCUCACGGACUCUCUCUGCUGGUAAAUGUCACAUCUCGACAAAACUGUUCCGUCAUGCUGUAUGUACGUUUUUAUUUCUCAUGUGCCC